AACGGAACUAUCAUUUUCAAUAGAAAAUUUAUCUGUCAAAAGGAAAAUGGAUGAUUAGCUUUGUUGAUCACCUUGUAAUUUGGUUUUUGUCCUCAGGAGUCGUGUGGAUAUGGUAACUAUGAAUUCUGAACAAUCGGCAUGCCGCCGAAAACCAGGUGAAAACAGUGAUAUUGGAGGAACAACAGAUCGGUACAGAAAUAGAGAUAAUCAAAUAAAUCAAUGUAACAAUCAAAAUGGUGAAGGAGUUGACAAGUCUCCAAGUAGCCCUACAUAUCAUAUCACUGCCUCAUGUGCCGAAGAUACACCCAAUUAUCUUGUCUACCAGAAGAUGGAAGCUAUGAUAGAAAAAAUGUCAGAUGAAGUUACAGGUGUUCCAGUAAAAACAGUAAAGAAUUUUAUGACAAAAACGCCUUCCGUCUUUACUGGUACAGAUUUGAUAUUAUGGAUGAUGAAGACUAUGGUUAUAGAUGAUCAAGAGGCACUUCAUGUUGCACAUCUUAUGGCAUCUCAUGGAUAUUUUUUCCCUAUCGAUGACCACUGCCUUACCGUAAAAAACGAUAGUACUUUCUACAGAUUUCAAUCACCAUAUUUUUGGCCAUCAAAUUGUUGGGAACCAGAAAAUACUGAUUAUGCUGUUUAUUUAUGCAAACGAACAAUGCAAAACAAAACUCGUUUAGAAUUAGCAGAUUAUGAGGCUGAGAAUUUGGCUAAACUACAGAAAAUGUUUUCAAGGAAAUGGGAAGUGAUCUUUAUGCAAGCAGAAGCACAAAGUAAAGUUGAUAAAAAAAGAGAUAAAUUAGAAAGGAAGGUAUUGGAUAGUCAAGAAAGAGCUUUUUGGGAUGUAUAUAGACCAAUGCCUGGAUGUGUUAAUACAACAGAAUUGGAUAUCAAGAAAGCAUGUCGUACUUAUAAACCAAUUUCAAAGCCAAGUAUGCACAUACAACUAGGUAUAACCAAUACUAACAUUUCUUCGCAUUUAGAGUCAUGUACAGUUUCUUCAAUAGAAGCAUUAAAUAAAGAAAUCGAAGUGUUAAAAGCUAGAUUAGACAGAUCAAACACAAAGGUUUCAAAGGUCUCCGAGGCUCUGAUUGCAUAUUUUGAGCAGUACGUAGAGUAUGAUCCUUUUUUUAUACAACCCGAACUCACGAAUCCAUGGAUAUCAGAUAAUUCUGAAAUGUGGGAACAAGAAAAAUUAGCCAAAGAAGUAUCGACAAGAAGAGUAAAGAGAUGGGCAUUUAGCCUCCAAGAAUUGUUACAGGAUCCCAUUGGUAGAGAUCAGUUUACACGAUUUUUGGAUAAAGAGUUCAGUGGUGAAAACCUAAAAUUUUGGGAAGCUGUACAGGAAUUGAAAACAUUGCCGCAAAAAGAAGUUCAGAAUAAAGUAAACGAAAUUUGGAAUGAGUAUUUGGGUCCUGAUGCUAGUUGUCCAAUUAACGUCGAUUCUCAAUCUUAUGAGAUAACGAAGAAGAAUUUACAUAAACCAGAUCGAUGGUGUUUCGACAUAGCAGCGGCACACGUUUAUCAUCUGAUGAAAAGCGAUAGUUACUCCAGAUAUCUUCGCUCGGAAAUGUAUAAGGACUUUCUCAGUGGCUCGAAGAAAAAGACCUCGGUAAAAGGUAUUCGUUCAAUCGUGUCGUUCAGCGGGCGCAGGGACACAACUACUUCGUAAUCGGCAGCGCA